AAGCUGCAGCUGAAGCAGGAGAAGCUGCAGCUGCAGCAGCAGAAGCUGCAGCUGAAGCAGGAGAAGCAUCAGCGGCAGAAGCUGCAGCUGCAGCACCAGAAACGCAGGCAGCAGAAGCUGCAGCAGCAGAAGCUGCUGAAGCUGCCGCUGGAGCAGCAGAAGCUGCAGCUGCAGCAGCGGAAGCUGCAGCUGCAGCAGCAGAAGCUGCAGCUGAAGCAGCAGAAGCUCAGCUGCAGCAGCAGAAGCUGCAGCUGCAGCAGCAGGAGGCUGGAGCAGCAGAAGCUGCAGCUGCAGCAGCAGAAGCUGCAACAGAAGCUGCAGCAGCAGAAACUGCUGCAGCAGCAGCAGCAGCAACGUGUGGGGCUGUUUAACUUUUAUUUUUAA